CAACGGAAGAAGGAGAUCUCCUCCACAUUCUUCCGCUCUCCAAUCCAUAGCCCAGGGCCAUGGGUCCCAGCACCUCCACCGCGACCGCCGUCGUCCUCCUCCUCCUCCUGGCCCUGGCCUCCGCCGCCACCGCCGCCAGCGACUCGCGCAUGUCCAUCCUCAGCUACGGGGAGAGGAGCGAGGAGGAGGUGCGCCGCCUCUACCAGGCCUGGAAGGCGCGGUACAGCCGCUCCAACAACGCGCUCGACGAGGACGAGCGGCGCUUCGAGAUCUUCCGCGACAACCUCCGCUUCAUCGACCAGCACAACGCCGCCGCCGACGCCGGCGUGUACUCCUUCCGCCUCGGCCUCAACCGCUUCGCCGACCUCACCAACGAGGAGUACCGCUCCACCUACCUCGGCGUUCGGACCGCUGCCUCCCGCCGCCGCCGGAGCUCCUCCGCGGGGAGCGACCGGUACAGGUUCCGCUCUAGCGACGAUCUGCCGGAUUCCAUCGAUUGGAGGGAGAAGGGCGCGGUCGCGGAUGUCAAAGACCAAGGCAGUUGCGGAAGCUGUUGGGCAUUCUCGACGGUUGCGGCGGUGGAGGGGAUCAACAAGAUCGUGACCGGCGAUCUGAUAUCACUGUCGGAGCAGGAGUUGGUGGACUGUGACACCAUCUACAACGAGGGCUGCAAUGGGGGCCUCAUGGAUUAUGCGUUCGAGUUCAUCAUCAACAACGGAGGGAUUGAUUCUGAAGAGGACUAUCCUUACACCGCCCGUGAUGGCCGAUGCGACCAGUACAGGAAGAACGCACGUGUUGUUUCCAUUGAUUCAUAUGAGGAUGUUCCAGUAAAUGAUGAGAAGGCUCUGCAGAAAGCCGUAGCAAACCAACCUGUUAGUGUUGCUAUUGAAGGUGGUGGCACAGCAUUUCAAUUUUAUGAAUCGGGAAUAUUCACUGGAUAUUGUGGCACUGCACUGGACCAUGGUGUAACUGCAGUAGGCUAUGGCAGUGAGGAUGGCAAGGACUACUGGAUUGUAAAGAAUUCAUGGGGCUCAGAGUGGGGAGAGGGUGGGUACAUUAGGAUGGAACGCAAUACUAAUGCAGCCACCGGCAAGUGCGGUAUUGCAAUGGAGGCAUCAUAUCCCAUAAAGAAGGGCCAAAACCCACCCAAUCCGGGUCCAUCACCUCCUUCCCCUGUCAAGCCCCCAACUGUUUGUGAUAACUACUAUUCAUGUCCAGAGAGUACGACUUGCUGCUGUGUCUAUGAUUUUGGCCGCUACUGCUUUGCAUGGGGAUGCUGUCCACUCGAGGGUGCGACUUGCUGUGAAGACCACUACAGCUGCUGCCCCCAUGACUACCCCAUUUGCAAUGUUCGAGAAGGAACUUGCCUAACGAGCAAGAACAAUCCACUGGGAGUGAAGGCUAUGAAACGCACGCCUGCGAUGCCGUAUUGGGCUUAUAGCGCUCAAGGUAAGAGCAGUGCUUGAGAGGUGUAUUGGUUCACGGUGCAGUUAGUAUGGAAGUGAUGGAAUUAAUUCUCGACACUCUUGUGCUCGUUAUGGAUCAAAGAUAGCUGUUCCCAAACUAUUUGAUGAUGAUUAGAAGCUUUUGUACAUAUAUCUAAGUGUCUGUUGUCAGAUUAAUCAAAGGAGAUUUGAGAACUAAAUUAAUUAUGACACCUAUAUGUCAGUUGUGCAUUGUAAAAACUAGCAUCAGGCACAUGGAAUGCAAGCAUGAAUUCGUCUUAAAGAAACUU